AUGGUGGGGCUCAUCUUCCUCGACCAGAACCGGAACCCGAACAUCCAGUUCUCCCAGAAGAUCAUGCACACGCGCAUCUACGGCCAAGUCACGAGCGUCGUGCUGCUCCUGAGCACCAUGGCCAUGUACGAUUACAUGUCCCGUCGAGGCCGCUUUGAGUGCUUAAGCGGCAAGGGGGGCGUUCACCGGUGA